CCUAGCCUUUCCUGAGCACAGUCUUAGGCAUUUGGGUCUUCCACCAAUGAAAAUAGGAGGAUUUUUUUUUUUUUAAGCAAAAACUAGAUACCUGCAACUCCUUCUCAUCUCCUACCCAUUUUCCGGUAAAGAUUGCAGCCUUGGUAGUUCAGCUUCACGUGAAAGUAGCUCCAAGACGGGCUUGUUUGAACUGAAUCCUUCAUCAGUUUUCUAGAUUUUAUUGUCGUGAAGAUCAUUCCGAGCUUACGCGGACAGACACUUGAGAGCUAGAAGGCAAGGUUUAGGUUCCACCCCAAGGAGUGAAAUGAAGCAUUUUCCUGAGGUUUUGCUUCGUUAUGCAAUGCAGUGAGGAGUUGUGCAAUUCUGCUCAAUUCACGCGGACCAAAGAAUUCGACUUGGCCCUGAGUUUGGCAAGCCGCGGCAUUCAAGUGGAGAUCCGUUUGUCUUUGUUUGAAGGACAAAAAGUACAGCCAACUAUGUUGGAAGGCCUUGGAGCGUAAAAAGAAAACAUGACAACUUGAAAGCAGCAAGAGAGGAACAGUGUUCGGGCCAGGAGGGAGCAAAGGGCCAUCUGAGGAAGAAAAGAGCAGGGGGCAACAACUUCCUCAAGCAAAUGCCUUUCUGCUGAAGUGUUUUGGGCAAUUUGCAGUGCUGGGAGUCUGGGGAGCAGAAUGUGAAAUACCAACAGGCAGCAGCCAUUGUGAAUACGGAACGUAGUUUUCUGCAGAAGGAUCCCUUCAUAGCUAAAGACUGGUAAGUGGGGCGGAUUGAACUGUCAGCAAGCUGGAUAUGAAGGACUGAGAAUUACAGAGCAAUCCUCUGUCACGUCGGUUUACCACUCGCCUCCCAACUCAAAGGAGGUUAAGAAAUGGCCAGAGUUUGCCUCCUGCUGCUGUGUCUGAAGAUGUGGGGAGUCCAUACAGAGGAGGGAAGCUGGGAGACCGGGUGGAAAAGGAAUGACUCUGCCACGAAUGACGAUUGGAAGCAACGGCUACCCAAAAGCAUCAUUAUUGGCGUGAGGAAAGGGGGUACCCGGGCCUUGCUGGAGAUGCUGGGUUUACAUCCCCAGGUUGUAGCCGCUCACUCCGAGAUACAUUUCUUCAACGUGGAAGAGAAUUACCAAAAGGGAUUGGAUUGGUACUGCCAACAAAUGCCAAUUUCCCACCACACUCAAAUCACUGUGGAAAAGACACCGGGCUAUUUUUUUUCCCUAGAGGCCCCAGAGAGGAUCCAUGCCAUGGACAGUUCCAUGAAGCUCCUCUUGAUUGUGCGGGAUCCUGUGGAAAGGUUGGUGUCCGAUUACACCCAGAUCCUCCACAAUCGCAAAGCACGGCAGAAACCGUACCAGUCCCUGGAGCAAAUCCUGAAGAGGGGCCAAGAGCUGAACACCAAGUACAAGGCCGUGCAACGCAGCCUUUACGCCCUACACUUGGCCCGGUGGUUGGAGCUCUUUCCCAGAACCCAGAUUCACGUGGUAGAUGGAGGUGUCCUAAUACGGCAGCCACUCUCAGAAAUGCGACACGUGGAGCAGUUUUUGGGACUGGAGCCUUACUUAGGCCCAGGCAACUUUUAUUUCAACCAAACAAAAGGCUUCUAUUGCCUCCAGGCUGAAGGGCAGCAACACUGUCUUGACCAAUCUAAAGGGCGACCUCACCCCCCCAUUGACGAAUUACUACUGGAGCAACUCUGCACUUACUUCAGUCAGCACAAUGAGAACUUUUUUGCCAUGGUGGGACGGACUUUCAACUGGUGCUGAGCCUUGUGUUGAGGCUAACUUGGACAUUCAGAGGACUUUCUACAGUAAAGCUUCCUAUUUUUCCCUCAAAUGAGCUGGAAAUUGAACUCUACCACUGUAUGGUAAAUCAGUUUACAGUGAAACAGCCAAGCACGAAGUUGCUUAUACCCUGGAGGUUUUGAAGUCCUUGGGGAACCACCUGAGCCAAGGCAACUUUUUGACAAAACUGUUAACUUUUCUAGAUCUCACAGCAGGUGAAGUUAUGCUCUUUACUGUUAUGUACCCAAGAAAAACUAAGUCUAGGCUAUAGGACAUAGAUCCUUCUUCCUGAAAAUCUUAUGAGCCAUGGCAAAAAUAAACAUGUUGUCGACAUAAUUAUAUGUCCCUAUAUUCCCACACACAAACAACUUGCAAGAGUUGUAUUCAGCUUCUCUUUUCUACCUCCUCACUCAACGCUGUAAGCUAAGCUAAGCUAUUAAGUUGCCUAUUUAGCCCAAACAGCUCUUACUGGCAGGGCCUCCGGAGUACCAGGUAAAAGACUUUUGGCACUAAAAAUAAUUUAAUUAGAAUUUGAAAUCAGGCCUUUCUUCUCAGUGGCCUUUCUGUCCAAGAGACACUGGCACCCCGAAAGAAAUACUAAAGGCCUGGAACCUAUAGGUAGUCCAUUAUAUUCACAUCCAUUUCUGUUAUCUGCCUAAAAUCCGGCCAAAUAAUAUUUUUAGAACUUGGAAGCAAGCAUAUUAAUUUUCUGCACUGUGGUUAAUGCAUUGAACAAAGCAGUCUGGAAAUUAGUUGUUUUCACCUCCUGACAAGAAUAACCUUUCACUCCAAUCAAUCCUUUCUCUUUUAUUUGAUUAUCUCUUAGAAAACAGCCUCUUUCAUUAGCAAAGCAUUGUUGACAUUCUGUUAAUCCAUCAGCAAAAGAAGGAAGUUGCAGCAUCUUCGGUGCGGAAGUUCCAAUCCCUAGAAUGCUGAGCCUCUAGAUAACAGAAGCCUUGUCUGUUCUGUAGCUAUCAGUCCAUGUUGUCAGUUACACAGGAGUGAUGUUGAUUAAUAUUCCUAAGAAAAGAAACACCACCUACUCCUACUAUAGUUUUUAAAGGCCCAAAGUGAGCAUGCUAAUUUUCUUACUACCACUGUUGUAAUGCUAAUCUGCUACAGCACUGUUAACUGAAGGGACAUCUGAAAAAAAAAAAAAGAUGAGCAAACUAUGCCAAAUUCAAAGGUCUAUUUUGUUAUAUAAAUAUUGCCUUUGUUAGGACAGUAUUUUAUUAGAUUAUCAGUUACCAUGGAAUCAUCAAAUGUAACCUGAAGUCCCAAUUCAUAUCCAAAUUGGUUGUUGUAUCUAACUUACCUAAAUCAUUUCAUCUCACUUUUACCAUAUAUAGCAUUUUGAAAGCUAUUUUAAUAAGGACAAUGUUUAAAAUUACAAUGCACAGGAAUAUAGUGAAUAAACUUAAAAAAACAAACAGCCAUCCACACUAAUAGGAAUGGGGAAACAACUGAAACCCUACUUGAUCUCAUUCAGUCCAAAAUUCUUACAAUAUUCUACUUUAAAGACUGUAACUCCUUGUAAUUUUUAGAUCAAAAUUUUAAUUAACCCUGGAAUUUUGCCCCACAGUGAAAUUAUAAUUGAGGGAAAGUUUAUACAAAUUAAUUUGAGAACAGCUAUAGGUAAGCCAAAAACUUGGAGAUUUGAGACCAUUCUGCCAUUAUGUUUAAUCAGCAAUAUGCCUACAAUUGUAUUGUGUAAAGCAGUUCUGAAAAUUAAUAGUGGAAAGAAAUAUUAGUUCUUGCUUAAAGGGUAUCAUAGUGGUAACACUGCCAGUUAUAAUCACUGUAGCAUUGCUGGUUUAGAAUUUUGUUACAGAUGAUGUAUUUGUCAGAACACAACAAAAUAAUAGCUGAAACAAAAGCAAGUAGGUUGGUUCAAGAAUACAGCAGUAUUCAAUGCAAAGCCACCGACUUCAAAAAGGUUAUCAGCCGUGAGCAGCAAAAUACAGGGGUGGGCAUCUUUGCUAAUAUAAUAACACUGCAUAUCUCCAUGUUUGUGCAGUGUAGGAAUUUAGAGAAAAAGUUUUAGUAGGCAAAAACAAUUGUAAGAAAAGUUGCAUUGUUAAAAUUCAUAAAAGUUAUUUUAAGUGACAUUAAAAUCUGGACUUUGAUCUCUAUGUUAAUAAGCAAGAGUAAACAAAGUUAACCAUGAAUGUGGCUAUACCCAAGUUUAAAAUGUGUGACUGUUUAUUUUAAACAUUUCAAUAGGAUUUUACUGCAUUUAUCCCUUUUAUACCGGAAUGACACACAAGAAUAGGUUUUGUAAAAAAUGGUUUUAUCAGUUCCAUUUUUGUAUAAAACACAUGGGAGAAACCUAGCCAAUCAACACACAAAUUGCUGCCACGUAACAAGGUACUUUUUGUCAAACUUUAAAUCUAAAGAACAUACAAAUGUUUUAAGUCUACAGUCAAUUGUCUAUGCUCUUCCAUUUAACUAUUUUUUUAA